GCGAGACGCGAGUGGGCGGAGUCGGCGGGGUGUCAUGGCCGCCUCCAGUGGCUGCCCAUGAGUUGCUGUUGGGGAGCUGCUGGGAGGUAAAGGGGCGCUCCUGUUCUCUGGGCGGGGGAGACUGGGAGGGGGGCGCUUUUUCUGUGCUUGCACCCCCCACCCUCCAGCCCCUCCCCUUAAAAUAGGUAAUUUAUUUACUUUUUUUUAUUGCGCCUGCACUUUGUGUUUGGUUUUUUUAAAAAUAUAAUUUUUAUUAAUUUUCCAUUUAAUAAUAUAUAAUCACAUCAUUAUUCUCCACUUUCUGGCUCUCUAGAGCCUGUCGACUUCCUUCCCUCCCACCUCGUGGCUUCCAAAAUUGACCUUUUUAUCAUAGCAUUUAAUACGUUUUAAUUAAACUCUUAAUUAAUUUUAAUUAAACUCGUUACAAGGUACCUCAAGAUUUAAAUAAACGUGAAAAGGAAGAUGAUUUCUCAUUACAAGGCUUCAGGCAACCCUACUGGUGAUGUUAAUGGCUUACAAUGUUUUUUCAAAUACUGGAUAAAUUAUUCCAAUCUUUUUGGAAUACUUGAUCGUGCUGGUUUUGGAUUUUUUCCCGUCAGCUUCACCACUUCUGCAAAGUCCAUCAUUUUCGUUGUCUUCUCUUCUAUUGCACCUGUACUUUGGAACUCUCUGCCUGUUGACAUCUAGAGUUCGCUGUUCUCUUUUUAAAAAAGCCCAAAACAUUCUCGUUUACACAAGGCUGCUUGGAAAGUUGGCGUGAAUCUUGAUCUGCUUUAAUGUUUUCACUUUCUUAUGUUUUUAAGUACGUCUGAUCUUUCCUCCCCACAAUUUUAUUGCUCUUUUCGUGAAGCAAUUUGAGGUUUGUUCAUUUCACUUUCUUGGAUUUUAUCACUUUUUGUAAAUGGCUUUGAGGUUUGUUUUCUUUCAUUACAAUCUAUACAUCAUUAUUAUUCGUUUCUUUUCGACACCACUUUCUCUUUUUGUGUGUGGGGGGAGAAUCUCAAAGCGGUUUUCAAGCCUUUUAUAUAUUAAAUUUGUAUACCACCUAAGGGUGGGUCAGAGAAUAAAAAAUGCAAAAUAAAAAUACAAAGCCCACAUUAAAACAUCCAAGUAAAACAACCCAGAAUGAAACAUCACAGAAGAAAGUCAAGUAUAAAGUAUGCGUUCGAAGCAACAUAAUUAGCAGAAAACUGAAAUAUUAUCUUGAAAGAUUUCAAAAUAAAACAUGCAGCAUAGUUAACAAAAAAGGUUAUCAUAAAAACAUUACAAAGGAGGUCAAGUACAGAAGGCGCAUUUAAUGCAGCAGUGUUAACAAAAAAUUAUAAAUAUUUCAAAAGAAAACAUUACUAAAGGAAGUCUAAUAUAAAAUGCACAUUUAAAACAGCAUAUGUAGCAGAAGGAUGAAAAAUUAAUAUUAUGAAUCUUAUGAAAUGAAUAAUAUUCCAGCUUUUCUGCUUGGAAUAUGGGGUUCUCCAUGUCAUUUAAUCCCCUUACCUUGGGGUAAGUUAGGAGGAGAGAGGCAGUGAUUCAGUGAGCUGCUUCAUGUAUUCGAGUGGAGGAAUUUGAACCCUGGUCUCUCUCCUAGGUCCUAGUUCAGCACUCUUAACAACUUGCCCACCACUGGCUUUCUUUGCACUUAUUAUUUUCAGCACUCUCAGUAGGCCUGGGGAGCAACAGGAGUACAGGGAGGCUGGUCUCUCCCACCCCCAAGUAGCUUAAACACUAAAACCUAGCACACGGUGACUUAAAAAAACCUGCGGGAAACUAUUCUGUUCCUUCAGUCUUACUCCGGCAAUUAAGAGUACAUCUUCCACAAUACAGUUAUCUGAUUCCUGAUUUUGACGUUUUUUGUUUGGCUUUAUGUGUAAAUCUUGUAACCCGCUCUGGUAUUUUUUCUAUGAAUAGAGGUAUAUGCUAAUUCACAGCUAAUUCUCCCCUAGUCUCCUCGCUGGCCCAAAUAGGACUAAUUCAGCCAGCUAGCCCUGGUGAUCAUCUAAUGUUUAUUGGAUGGAUUUCCCCCCUAAAUUGAUUUUUGAAUUCUGAAUUUAUUAUUACGUUUUAUACGGUAUUUUAUGCUGUUUUUUGUUGCAUCAAUUAAGUGUUUUAAAUCUUUUGUUAGCCGCCCUGAGCCCGGUUUUCUGAACUGGGAAGGGCGGGGUAUAAAUAAAAAUGUAUUAUUAUAUUUUAUUAUUUUUAUACAUAAAAUAACAAAAAGGACCUUGAGCUUGGCCCAGCCGCAAAUUGAUUCCUGAGUGCUAGAAGUCUACUCUUGCCCCUUUCCGAAAAAGCUUUCCCCGCCCCCAGAUUCAUUCCCCUGAGGACGUGCUUGUGUUUCUCUUAGUCAUGAGGUGGGUUAAAAAAAACUAAAAUACCCGGCAGGGCACCUGUGCCAAUGGGAAAUCCUACUCAACAGUUCCCUUUCAUGUGGACUAGCAACUUGAUUUCGUUUUGUUACUUUUGAAAAAAGCUGAGACUGGCAGGCUACUGUAUUCUGUGGUUGCUGCAGAAUACGUUCAGUCCUAAUGAUGGCUGGAAUAUUUGGGUAUCAGUCUGGGCCAUAGCUGUCAACCGUCCCUUAUUUGGCGGGAAAGUCCCUUUUCCCGGCGCCGUGUCCCGCUGCUGUCCCUUAUUGAUGACGUCCCUUAAAUUUCCCGGGUUUCAAAGGAAGCAGCUCCUCUCCCUCCCUCCCUGCCGGCCAGGGAGGAGGGAGGCUCCAACUGCGUUGCUUGGCUGCGUUGCUCACCCAAUAAGGAGUCUGAGAACGACUGGGGGGUGGAGCUUGCAUGCCUUGUGCCGAUCAAAUCGGCCGCAUUGCCUGGGGACUCGCCUUUGCUCAGCGCUUCCCAGCAGAGAGGUGACAGUAGUUUUCCUUGCUGCAUCCCCUUUGCCAGGUUGCUGCGCUGUGGGAACCACCGCUUGAGGCUUCGUUUGGCUGCUGGUUGACUAAAAUCCCUUAUUUUGGCUGCUGAUCCCUUAUUUUCAAAUCUGUAAGUUGACAGCUAUGGUCUGGGCAUUCUUAUUUAUUUUGCAACUUUUUCCUUCCCGUGCAGAAUCCUUCCUCCCUCUCGGCAACCUCCACCUCCUUACGCUGGGAUGAAUGAAGCACCCGACGCUACAGUACACUCAAGCUUUCCCUGGUGGUCUGGCUUACAUAAACACUGUCCUCUUAGUAGUAGUAGCGGUGGUGCCUCUUAGGAGCAGCUCUCGAGGGACCCUCUGAGGUUUGUGUGAUGGAUGCCGAGCCGCCCCUUGACCAUCAGGUUAUGCUGGAGCUGGGGCAGCCAGACGACAGCAAGGUGAACCCCGGGGCCAUCUCUGGACCUGCGGCAAAGGUGCCAAGGCUAAAUGGGGGCCAGGAAGACGAGGGGGCUGCUGCGGAGGCAGUUCCUGGGCCCAAGCCCCCGAAGGAAGAACCCGAGAUUGGGGACACAGCGCAUCACCUCAAGGAAGAAAAGGAGGAAGACGCGAUUGAUGGAGGAGAAAUGUUGGCAGAGGAAGGAGAGUAUUAGUGAGUGUCAGUUGUUGCCUUGCAGGCAGAUGGGUGGAGGUCCAGCUCAGAUGGGUCCUUUGCCCAGUUCAGGGAGGGGAAAUAAUAAUAAUAAUAAUAAUAAUAAUAAAUUUUAUUUAUAUCCCGCCCUCCCCAGCCGAAGCCGGGCUCAGAGCGGCUAACAUCAAAUAUAUAACACAUUAACAUAAAAUCAGACAAUCAAUUAAAAUACAUCCUCAAAUCAGAUCAGGAUCAGAAUAAAAUCCAAUCAGAUGGCAACCCACAGGACCUUAAAUGCUCACCAGGCCCAACUGUUUGUGCUGAACUUAUAUGGGCCUGUGAGAAAAAUUGGGAGGCCACUUUCAUGCAAGUUCUUAAGAAAGGGGAGAGGGAGUCAGACUGAACCCCGACCAAAGGCCUGGCAGAACAGCUUCGUCUUGCAGGCCCUGCGGAAAGAUGUCAAGUCCCGCAGGGCCCUCGUCUCUUGGGACAGAGCGUUCCACCAGAUCGGGGCCACGGCUGAAAAGGCCCUGGCUCUGGUUGAGGCCAGCCUAACCUCUCUGUGGCCUGGGACCUUCAGGAUGUUUUUGUAUGCAGACCGUAAGUUCCUCUGUGGGACAUAUCAGGAGAGGCGGUCCCGUAGGUACGAGGGUCCUAGGCCGUAUAGGGCUUUAAAGGUUAAAACCAGCACCUUAAACCUGAUCCUGUACUCCACCAGGAGCCAGUGCAGCUGGUAUAUAGCUGGUAUAGAAAGAUGAUUUUUUAAAUUAUUGAUUUAAUAUUUGUGCUCCGCUUUCCCAACAACAAAUGUUUAGCUCAAAGCAUCUCACAAUAAUCACAAUAGCUUCUUCUUCUUUUUUAAAAUGCAAUUGCUAUACUAUUAAACACAGCAUUGGCUAAAUGCACUUAAAGGCAUGAGCUGCCAGCGUGGCUUAUCUCACCAAAAUUGCUUAGAAAGGUGCCUACACAUUUUGUUUCAUAACUUUCUUUGUUUUACUUGAAAAAAGAAGUAAACUUAGCCUUUGCCCUCUUGCAGGCAUGAGCCCUAGUGCAUUUGCUCUUUUUGCACUGUUAUAAAUCUGGCCGUGCAAAUAAAAGCAGGUUCAGUUGCAUAAUCCAAGAUCACUUAAGGAUUUACACAGUUAAGGCCUGCAGGCUCUCACUCCUUAACAUUACAAACAGGAUGCUUAACUUCAGUUUACUUGUACUCAGUUUGCCACACUAGUUGUGGUGUUUAACGCAUAAGGCCAGAACAAUAGCAGCUACUGGGAGACCACAGAAGCCAGCUUCACGGACCUUUAAGUUACGCACAUUUAGGAAUUCCAUUGCCUUUACACAUGCGUAGAAAUUAAGCCGCAUGGUAAGCAGAGUCGGAACGGCCUUGUCGGAAGAACAAAAGUAGCGUCGUAGGUACAGCCUUGAGUGAAAACAAGGCCAUAGAUUCAUCUAUCAGUGCUAGAAAAAUCCCUCACUCACCUUCACAGGCAGCUUGAAAGCCUUACACCAUCCUUUCAUUCACUGUUCUCUUCAGACUUACUCUUACUUCUUAUUCCACUGUGUUUAUCGAUACUUUGAUCCACCACAAAUUGCAGGGAGGCUGGAUUUCAGAGUUCUCUUUCUGAGGGUGAGGCCCCAGCGUGUCUGAGCGAAGGGGGUGGUCUCCUGUAGCCUUUAUUAUUAUUAUUAUUAUUGUUAUUGUUAUUUAUUAGAAAUAGGGGUAGAGGUUUGAGAUAGGGAUUGGACUUAGGGUCAGGGAUAGGGUUGUUGAUGUUAUUAUUAUUAUUAUUAUUAUUAGGGAUUAGGGAGCUGCCCAGAGUGACAGGGGAAACCCUGCCAGAUGGGCGGGGUAUAAAUAAUAAAUUAUUAUUAUUAUAGUAUUCCUAUAGAAGCUCCUGCCCUUCCUUUCGGGCUGGAUCCUGGGAGGGGAAUGGGAUGUUAGCAAGCUUCACAAGGGGGUGGCUGGGUGUUCCUGGCUUAGCACAGCGUGACUUUCCUUUUCCUUCCCCUUCUAGCUUCCCGACCUACGAUUUCUCGCAGGCCCCCAAACCUCUGACAGGCUCCUGGGUGGAGUACAGCCACGUACAGGAGAAUUUCCUUAAAGGCUGCAAAUGGUGAGUGGACUGGAAUCGUAGAACUGUAGACUUGGGAGGGAUCCCUAGGGUCAUCUAGUCCAACCCCCUGAAUCGCAGCUGAAGAACCCCUGACCGAUGGCCGUCCAACCUCUGCUUAAAAACCUCCAAGUAAGGAGAGUCCACAACGUCCGGAGGGAGACCGUUUUCACUGUUGAACAGCUCUCACGGUCAGAAAGUUCUUUCUGGUGUUCGAGUCGGAAUUUCCGUUUCUUGCCACCCAGUUCUUCUGAUUUCCUGGCUUUUGUAAGGAGCAAAAACACGCACUGCUCCCUUCGCUCUCCGCCUUCGUCACUGGCAAAUGUUGAAGCUGAACUAUAGUUUUCCAGAAUAGUUGGAUUUUGGGACACUCCCACCACGUGUGGAGGUAUGUGCCUGUGGAGGUGCACCCUCUCCAGCAUUUUGGUGAGGUUCCUGGGCGUAUUAGCGCUAGUUUUCUUGGUGUUAGGUACCACCUGUAGGUGAUUUUCAGAGUGAGUUCUUUUCUUUUUGUUGAUAUGGAUUUAAAGGGGGGUUUAGACCACAUUCUGGUCCAUUGAGUGGGGUUAAUCUCAUAACCUAUGUCAUCCUCCCAUUGUAUUUUGAUUGUGUCUAGGGAGUUUGUGGGAUUUUGUAGUACUAUUUUGUAUAUUGUGGAAACCAUCCCUUUACCAUGUCCCUUUAUUGUUAGGAGGUUUUCGAAGAUUGUCAGGGGCCUAGCUGCUGCUGAUUUUACUACUGGAUUGUUUAAGAGGGCAUGUAAUUGGUGAUGUGUUAACCAGGACAUUUGGGUGUCUUCUAGUUUGUCUUGAAUUUCUUGUGUUGACAAAGGUUUGUUAUUUUUAUAGAAGUCUAUUGUAGAAGUCUAAGGUGAUAUAGACGUGGGUGGCGCUGUGGGUUAAACCACAGAGCCUAAGGCUUGCCGAUCAGAAGGUCGGCGGUUCGAAUCCCUGCAACUGGGUGAGCUCCCGUUGCUCGGUCCCAGCUCCUGCCAACCUAGCAGUUCGAAAGCACGUCAAAGUGCAAGUAAAUAAAUAGGUACCGCUCCGGCGGGAAGGUGAACGGCUUUUCUGUGUGCUGCUCUGGUUCGCCAGAAGCGGCUUAGUCCUGCUGGCCACAUGACCUCCCGGAAGCUGUACGCCGGCUCCUUCGGCCAGUAAAGUGAGAUGAGCGCCGCAACCCCAGAGUUGGCUACGACUGGACCUAAUGGUCAGGGGUCCCUUUACCCUUUACCUAUUAGAUGAUAUAAGCCUUUGGUUUGCCAGGUUUUCAGCUGGAGGUUUUGUGCUGGGUGAUGGAAUAAUGUGUGGUUCGCUAGGGGAAUUAGUGGGGAUGGGGUUGGGGAAGCUGAACUAUAGUUGAACUGUGGAACUCCCUUCCACAGGAGGCUGCGACGGGCUUGAAAAGGUCUGGACAAAUUCAUGGAGGGGGAGAGGGCUAUCGAUGGCUCCUAGUCAGGAUGGCUGUGUUCUGUCUCCCCAGUCAGAGGCAGCGAUGCUCCUAGUUUCUGGAAACCACAGGAGGAGAGAGUUGCUCUUGUGCUCAGAUCUCGUUAGAAGUUUUCCUGCAGGCAUCCGGUUGCUCACUGUGAGAACAGGACACUGGACUAAAUGGGCGAUGGGCCUGAUCCAGCAGUCUCUUCUUAUGGUGUUUUCUUCAACCCUUUCACAGCUUAUGAAAAGGCCCCUUCCUUCUAAUAACUUGUUGUCUUGUUGGUCUCUGACUUCUCUUCUUGAGUAGAGUUUGAGAACUCUUUUUAAAAAUAAUUUUUAUUAAUUUUACAAUUUAGAAUACUCAUUUAAACAUCCUCAAAAUAUCAGUGAUUUCCCCUCUUCACUUUCUGUGGUUCGUUUUGUAUAUCAUAAAUCCCUGCAUGUUUUACAUAAACUAAAGCAUUUCUUAAGGAAAUCAGCCCUGAGUGCUCACUGGAAGGACAGAUCCUGAAGCUGAGGCUCCAAGACUUUGGCCACCUCAUGAGAAGAGAAGACUCCCUGGAAAAGACCCUGAUGUUGGGAAAGAUGGAGGGCACAAGGAGAAGGGGACAAAGGAGGACGAGAUGGUGGGAUAGUGUUCUCAAAGCUACCAGCAUGAGUCUGACCAAACUGUGGGAGGCAGUGGAAGACAGGAGUGCCUGGCGUGCUCUGGUCCAUGGGGUCACAAAGAGUCGGACACGACGAAACGACUAAACAACAAAACAGCAACAAAGCAUUCAGUAUUCCAUUAUUACAUCCAUCAAAACUUAUUUACAUUGUUGAUUUCAUCUUAAUGCUGCCAACGUUUUUCAAGUGUACACAAUUUCUCCCCAUAAAUUCAACAAACAUUUUCCAAUCUUCUUUAAACAUAUGUUCUCCUUGAUCUCUUAUUCUAUAUGUUAGGUCCGCAAACACUGAAUAUUCCAUCAGUUUAAGUUGCCGUUCUUCUUUGGUUGAGACCUCCAUUUUUGGGCUAACAAAACACGGGCCGCAGUAGUGGCAUACAUAAAUAACAUUUUUUGACGCCUGGGAAUUUCCAUCUGAAUUAUCCCCAACAAAAAGGACUCUGGUUUGUUUGUUUGUUUUUUGGAAAGGUACUUUUAAACGGUUUUUUCCAUUCAUUAUGAAUUAUUUUCCAAUACCCUUUUACAGGUUCACCACAUAUGAAAGAAUGUUCCCGAGUUUGGAAACCCUUGAUGGACAGCAAUGGGCCGUUCCUUUGGGGGGGGCAGGGAAAGAUGGGGAUGGGGUAAUCAUAUUUGGGGAGACGGGUUGUGUGUUAUCUCUUUCCCCUUUUGCUGUAUAACUUGGCUUCCCUGAGCCUCAAAACGAUUGCUUGGGCCCCGUGGCCUAUCAUAGUCUGGACCAUGGGUAGGCAAACUAAGGCCCGGGGGCCAGAUCCGGCCCAAUCACCUUCUCAAUCUGGCCCGCGAACGGUCCGGGAAUCAGCGUGUUUUUACAUGAGUAGAAUGUGCGCUUUUAUUUAAAAUGCAUCUCUGGGUUAUUUGUGGGGCCUGCCUGGUGUUUUGACAUGAGUAGAAUGUGUCCUUUUAUUUAAAAUGCAUCUCUGGGUUAUUUGUGGGGCCUGCCUGAUGUUUUUACAUGAGCAGAAUGUGUGCUUUUAUUUAAAAUGCAUCUCUGGGUUAUUUGUGGGGCCUGCCUGAUGUUUUUACAUGAGCAGAAUGUGUGCUUUUAUUUAAAAUGCAUCUCUGGGUUAUUUGUGGGGCAUAGGAAUUCGUUCAUUUCCCCCACCAAAAAAAUAUAGUCCGGCCCCCCACAAGGUCUGAGGGACAGUGGACCGGCCCCCUGCUGAAAAAGUUUGCUGACCCCUGGUCUGGACAGACAAGGGAACAAGUUGCCACUCUGCUCACCAACAGCGUGCCCCUUCCCACCUCUCUCCCCAGGGCUCCUGACGGGACUUGCCUGCUCACCAACAGUGCUGACAACACCCUGCGGAUCUACAACCUCCCUGCUGAGCUGUACGCAGAGGAAUGGGGGACCGUCUCUGAAAUGGUUGGUAGCGGUAUGAGUGCCGAGCGUGCGUCUUGCCUGCCUGCCAGCGCAUGUUUGCGUGGGGAGGGGAAGAGGCAAAUUCUCCUGUGGCAGGAAUCAGGGGGCCUCUGGCCCUCCCAAAGUUGCUGGGCUCCCCCUCCCAUCAUCCCAAACCGUUGGCCAUGCUGGGGGGCGGGGCGGUGGCGAUGGGGAAUUGCAGCCCCAGAAAUACCUGGAGGAGCUGUAGGUGUCAGGAGCUCGUCCCUACACUCGAGUAGGACCCUGGCAGAGACACGUGCCCGGCUGGCAUGUUCUCUCCCUCCUGGUCGAUCGUUCGGGAGCUUCAAAAGCUUUCUUCAGCCCGAACAUCACAGCGACCGGUGCCAACCGACACCGGCACACUUAGGGAUCCACAGAGUCUUCGUAUUUUGCGUGACAGACCUCAGCAACUCAGCAUUUUGGCUAAUCUAGUUUAUUUACAUAUAAACACACACGGAGCACUGCAACAUGGCUCCCUCUCUCUAGCAGCAGACAGCAAAGAGAAAUAACUAAUAAUAAUAAUAAUAAUAAUAAUUUAUUAUUUAUACCCCGCCCAUCUGGCUGGGUUUCCCCAGCCACUCUGGGCAGCAAACAACAAAACACUAAAAUACAAUAACCUAUUAAACAUUAAAAGCCUCCCUAAACAGGGCUGCCUUUAGAUGUCUUCUAAAAGUUUGGUAGUUAUUUUUCUCUUUGACAUCUGGUGGGAGGGUGUUCCACAGGGCGGGCGCCACUACCGAGAAGGCCCUCUGCCUGGUUCUCUGUAACUUGGCUUCUCGCAGGGAGGGAACCGCCAGAAGGCCCUCGGAGCUGGACCUCAGUGUCCGGGCAGAACACUUCCACUUCACAGUAACACAAACAUCCUGUUUCCGUCACUUCCCACUUUGUGGAGCCAAAACAUAUACCGUCAUGUGAAAGACAAAAAUCCCAUGGCUGCAAUAAUGGAUCAGGAAUUCUAAGAGUAGGUUCCACGUUGGGGGUGAGCGGUGAGAUUCCAGAGUUUGCAGGCGAUGCUAAAUGGUUCAGGGUCCUCAAAACGAGAUGGGGUUGAGCUCCGAAAGGACCUCUCCAAAGUUAGCAAAUGGCGUGAUAAAGGGACAUAGGCAGUUCAGCGAGAGCAGGUGCAAAGCGGUGCGUGCAGGGGCAGGAAUCUUCCUAACAUCCACGGGUCUGAACUGGCAUGAUUGGCCGGGAAUGAGGCCUCGGGCAGGUAGCAGAUCACUCAAUGAAGACAUAGACCCAGAACGCAGCAGCGUGCAAGCUGUGAAAAUAAGGCAGAUUCUGUGACCAUGAGGGAAGGAACUGGAAACAAAAUUGCUGAUAGCGUAAAGCUGUUACACAAAUUAUUAUUAUUAUUAUGGGGAAGUGUGUGGAACAGGUCUCGGUAUUUCGAUUUCUGGGAAUGGAAUUGAGAGAUGCUCUAACCUGGGGAGAAAACAGUAAAGACCUGAUGAAGAGAGCACAGCAGAGGCUAUAUUUUCUGAUAAUCCUCUGGAAAAACAAUCUCUCAAAGGACCUUUUGAUGGCAUUUUACCAUUUUACUGUGGAGAGUGUAUUAACUUAUGGUCUGUGUGUGUGGUUUUCUUGUGUGUGUGUUUCUUUGUGGCUGAUUAGCUGCUCUCCCUGUGCAAAGGUCAGAGGGGGCAGGGUUUCUGUUGAGGCAGGUGAUUAGCUGUGGGAGGAGCUUGCAGGGCAGCGGCGCGUGCCUAGUGGCGCGCGCAGUUUGAUCCAUCUUUUAGAUUUAGGGGAGCUAGUCUCAAACGUUUGUUGGGGGAGACCUAGGUUUUUUGGGGGGAGUUAUUUGUCCUGUCUUCACGCUUUUUAUGAUGGAGGACCGCUGUAGCCACCCCCAACGACUCGUUCUCAAGAUGGAGGGGGAGGGAACAGCUGCAGUCGCCUGCGGUUCCUGCGCAAUGUUUGCCAUCUUGCCAAAGGUUGCAGGCAGCUUUACCUGCAGCAAUUGCAUGUUGAUUGCCCUCUUAGAAGACAAAGUCCAGCAACUGGAGGAACGUGUAGCUACGCUCCAAAGAAUUAGAGAGCUGGAGCUCUUCUUGGAAGCAACAGAGCACACCGUCUCCACCAAGGAGGAGACAGGGGACUCCCCUGAGAAGGAGGCUAGUUCACCAACACAGGAGCCAGAUAUAUGGAGAAACGUGACUCAAAGAAGUAGGAGGCCCAGGGUUCGCUCUGAUUGUUUAGAAAUACACAAUCGCUUUGAGGUCCUCUCCCCUAGCAUGGAAGACGAAGAGCAGACUCCAUUUGAGGAUCUCUCCUUCAUUACAGUCGAUCAGGUAUAUGAAGACGAGCAGCAAAGUCAGUUCUCAGGGAAUGUGCAGGCGACCUUGGAACGGACAGCUCAUGGAAGAACCCCGACCAAACCUAAGAGGAGGCGUGUAGUGGUGAUAGGGGAUUCCCUACUGAGGGGAACAGAAGCAGUGAUCUGUGGGCCUGACAAGAUGUCUCGGGAAGUGUGCUGUCUCCCCGGGGCUAAGAUCCAAGAUGUAACUGAACGACUGCAAGGAAUCAUAAAACCCACUGACAAAUAACCCUUCCUCUUGGUUCAUGUGGGAACCAAUGACACUGCAAGCAAUAGCCUCCAGAAGAUCAAAAGAGACUACGAGGCUCUGGGCAGGAAAUUGAAGCAAUUAAAUGCUCAAAUUGUCAUCUCAUCUGUCCUCCCAGUUGAACGACGUGGCCCAGGGAGAGAGGGAAAAAUAGUGGAAGUGAACAGCUGGCUUCGCAAAUGGUGUAAACAGGAACGGUUUGGAUUCUUAGAUCACGGACUGCAGUUUCUUGAAGAUGGACUUCUGGCAAGCGAUGGGCUGCACCUCACAACGGUUGGGAGGAAUGUUUUUGCCAAAAAUCUCAGAAACCUCAUUAGGAGGGCUUUAAACUGACUAAUGUGGGGGAGGGAGACAGUGCUCCUGAAGGUAGGAGUCUAUCAAUUGAUGAAGAUGAUCAUCCAAAUGUCAUAGACCAAAUGGAGCAAACAGCACGCAGACCUAGUGGUGAGAGGAAAAAAUCCUUAAAUAAGAGACACGGGAGAAUGAUUAAUGGACUUCAGUGUCUGUACACUAAUGCGCAAAGCAUGGGAAAUAAACAAGAUGAGCUUGAGCUCUUGGUACAGCAAACUAAAUAUGACAUAAUAGGCAUCACUGAAACCUGGUGGGAUAAGUCCCACGAUUGGAAUGUAAUAAUGGAGGGAUACAAUCUAUUUCAGAGAAACAGACCAGACAAGAAAGGAGAAGGAGUGGCGUUAUAUGUCAGGGAUGUGUAUACCUGUGAAGAGAUCCAAGAUUUAGAACCUCAAAGCCAAAGUGAGAGCAUUUGGGUCAAAAUUAAGGGAGAGAAGAAUAACAGUGACCUCAUUGUGGGAGUUUACUAUAGAUCCCCAAGCCAAACGGAGGACAUAGAUGAUGCCUUCCUGGAACAGAUGGCCAAGCAUGCAAAAGGAAGGGAGAUAGUAGUAAUGGGGGACUUCAAUUACCCGGAUAUUUGUUGGAUGUCAAACUCAGCCAAGAGCAUAAGGUUAAACAGAUUCCUCACUGGCCUUGCAGACAACUUCAUUGUCCAGAAAGUGGGAGAAGCAACAAGAGGAACAGCCAUUUUAGAUCUGGUCCUAACCAAUGUUGAUGACCUGGUUAGUGGGGUAGAAGUGGAAGGAUCAUUAGGCGCGAGUGAUCAUGCUCUUCUGAAGUUUACUAUACAGCGGAAAGGAGCAGCCAAGCAUACUAGGACUCAAUUUCUUGACUUUAAGAAAGCCGACUUCAUAAAACUUAGGGAAGUGCUGGGUGAGAUCCCAUGGACAGUAAUACUAAAAGGAAAGGGAGUUCAUGAUGGCUGGGAGUUUGUUAAGAGGGGAUAGUAAAAGCACAACUUCAGGCAAUACCAAUGAGACGGAAACAUGGAAGGUGCCUAAAGAAGCCAGGGUGGCUAUCUAAAGAACUUUUAACUGAGUUAAGAUUAAAAAAGGAUGUGUACAAAAAAAUGGAAAAGGGGGGAACCACCAAAGAGGAAUUCAAACAAAUAGCCAGCACAUGUAGACACAAAGUCAGAAAAGCUAAAGCACAGAAUGAACUCAGGCUUGCUAGAGAGGUUAAAAGCAACAAAAAGGCUUUUAUGGGUAUGUUCGUAGCAAAAGGAAGAACAAAGAAACAGUGGGGUCACUCAGAGGAGAAGAUGGUGAAAUGCAAACAGGGGACACAGAAAGGGCUGAACUCCUCAAUGCCUUCUUUGCCUCAGUCUUCUCCGAUAAAGAAAACAAUGCCCGACCUGAAGAAUUUGGAGCAAAUGAUUCAGCAGAGGAAACACAGCCCAGAAUAACUAAGGAGAUAGUACAAGAAUACUUGGCUAGUCUAGAUGUAUUCAAGUCUCCAGGGCCAGAUGAACUGCAUCCAAGAGUAUUAAAAGAACUGUCAGAUGUGAUCUCAGAACCACUGGCAGUCAUCUUUGAGAAUUCCUGGAGAACAGGCGAAGUCCCGGCAGACUGGCAAAUGUUGUCCCUAUUUUCAAAAAGGGGAAAAGAGGGAACCCAAAUAAUUACCGCCCAGUCAGUCUGACAUCAAUACCAGGGAAGAUUCUGGAGCAGAUCAUUAAGCAAACAGUCUGUGAGCACCUAGAAAGGAAUGCUGUGAUCACCAAUAGUCAGCAUGGAUUUCUGAAAAAUAAGUCAUGUCAGACUAACCUGAUCUCGUUUUUUUGACAGAAUUACAAGCCUGGUAGAUGAAGGGAAUGCAGUGGAUGUAGCCUACCUUGAUUUCAGCAAGGCAUUUGACAAGGUGCCCCACGAUAUUCUUGUAAAGAAGCUGGUAAAAUGUGGUCUUGACUAUGCUACCACUCAGUGGAUUUGUAACUGGCUGACUGACCGAACCCAAAGGGUGCUCAUCAAUGGUUCCUCUUCAUCCUGGAGAAGAGUGACUAGUGGGGUGCCACAGGGUUCUGUCUUGGGCCCGGUCUUAUUCAACAUCUUUAUCAACGACUUGGAUGAUGGACUCAAGGGCAUCCUGAUCAAAUUUGCAGAUGACACCAAACUGGGAGGGGUGGCUAACACCCCAGAGGACAGGAUCACACUUCAAAACGACCUUGACAGAUUAGAGAACUGGGCCAAAACAAACAAGAUGAAUUUUAACAGGGAGAAAUGUAAAGUAUUGCACUUGGGCAAAAAAAUGAGAGGCACAAAUACAAGAUGGGUGACACCUGGCUUGAGAGCAGUACAUGUGAAAAGGAUCUAGGAGUCUUGGUUGACCACUAACUUGACAUGAGCCAACAGUGUGACGCGGCAGCUAAAAAAGCCAAUGCAAUUCUGGGCUGCAUCAAUAGGAGUAUAGCAUCUAGAUCAAGGGAAGUAAUAGUGCCACUGUAUUCUGCUCUGGUCAGACCUCACCUGGAGUACAGUGGUGCCUCACAAGACGAAAUUAAUCCGUUCUGCGAGUCUCUUCAUCUUGCAGUUUUUUCGUCUUGCGAAGCACGGCUAUUAGCGGCUUAACUGCUAUUAACGGCUUAGCGGCUUUAAGAAAAAGGAAACAAACUCGCAAGAACUCGCAAGACAUUUCGUCUUGCGAAGCAAGCCCAUAGGGAAAUUCGUCUUGCGGAACGACUCAAAAAACGCAAAACCCUUUCGUCUAGCGAGUUUUUCGUCUUGCGAGGCAUUCGUCUUGCGGGGCACCACUGUACUGUGUCCAGUUCUGGGCACCACAGUUCAAGAAGGACACUGACAAACUGGAACGUGUCCAGAGCAGGGCAACCAAAAUGGUCAAAGGCCUGGAAACGAUGCCUUAUGAGGAACGGCUAAGGGAGCUGGGCAUGUUUAGCCUGGAGAAGAGGAGGUUAAGGGGUGAUAUGAUAGCCAUGUUCAACUAUAUAAAAGGAUGUCACAUAGAGGAGGGAGAAAGGUUGUUUUCUGCUGCUCCAGAGAAGCGGACACGGAGCAAUGGAUCCAAACUACAAGAAAGAAGAUUCCACCUAAACAUUAGGAAGAACUUCCUGACAGUAAGAGCUGUUCGACAGUGGAAUUUGCUGCCAAGGAGUGUGGUGGAGUCUCCUUCUUUGGAGGUCUUGAAGCAGAGGCUUGACAACCAUAUGUCAGGAGUGCUCUGAUGGUGUUUCCUGCUUGGCAGGGGGUUGGACUCGAUGGCCCUUGUGGUCUCUUCCAACUCUAUGAUUCUAUGAUUCUAUGGUUUGGGACUUGCACGGUCAGGGGAAAAAACAACGCUGUCCAGGGUUGUAAAGACUGUGGAGAGAAUAACUGGGUGCACUCCUCCCACCUUGGAUCAAAUCUACGCUUCCAGGUACCGUACGAAAGCUGCAGAGAUAGCGCAGGACAGUGCGUACCUUGGAAAUGAUCUCUUUCAGCUUCUGCCUUCUGGAAGAAGGUACAGGGUUAUAAAGACUAGGACUAGCCGCCUGAGAAACAGUUUCUAUCCAAAUGUGGUUUUGCUUUUAAACACAGUGUAAGGUAGUCUCUGUGGGCGUAUAUUGUAUUUAAUUGUGGGGUAUCAGAGUUUUUAGGGGGCUAACCGGGUUGGGAUAGCUGGGAUAGCAGGCUUGUUGGCUUUUGAAUGUCUGAUAUAGAUUUUUUCAAUUUCGUUGUUCUACAUGGGACAAUGACAAUAAAGAUUAUCGUAUUAUUAUUAUUAUUAUUAUUAUUAUUAUUAUUAUUAAGAUUUAUAUACCACCCUUCAUCUGAAGAUCUCGGGGCGGUUCACAGGAUAAAAUCUCAGGAUAAAAGCACAAGAUAAAUAGUUAAAACAAAACAAGGUGUUUGGAACAUGGUUCUGGUCGCCUUGCCUCAAAAAAGGAUUUUGUGGAGCUGCGAAAGGUCUCACUGACCUUGCUCUUCCCUAGAGCGCAGAACAGAGGAGGAUUCUGGGAAAGACCUUGCGUCGCUUUCCCAGGCGCGAAUCUUCCUUUGUAGGGGAUGUCAAAGAGUGGGGGGGGAGCAAAGGCUGGAUGGGGGCCAGUCUUCCAGACUAACGCAGGAAAUAUUCCUGCGAAGGUGGCAACUUUGGUCGCGAUCUCUGCUCCAGACAGGGUGCUCAUUUCUCUCUCUCUCUCUCUCUCUCUCUCCAGAGUCCCGUCUUGCGCAUGGCAGAAGGAGACACCGUCUACGAUUACUGCUGGUUCCCGCUGAUGAACUCCUCCGACCCGCAGACUUGUUUGUAAAUCCAUCUUUCCCCUCUUUUCCCCCCUGCCUUCCUCUUCUUCCCCAGUUGCUGGUGGGAAUAAAAAAGAAAGAAAACAUUUUGCCAAGUAGCCGGAAGAGGCUCGAGCUUUGAACAGCCCCAGGAGAGGAGUCCGGAAAAGCCAAUUGCCGAAAUAAUUGAACGCUGCCUUAAUUAAAUUAACUGAAUUGAAAUUAACCACCGCCUAAUUAGAAAGGUGGGGCUUUGGAAAGGGAGCUGGAAUCUGUACGUCCCCUGCCCUGCCCUUGUGGUUUGACAGGUGGGCGGGUAAUAAUUAGACAGUUUGCACUUAUCAGUUACAAUAAAUAAUUACUCAUCUAUAAUCUAUUAAAAUAGCAGCAAAUCACAAUGCAUAAAAUACCGCAAAUCAUACAAAAGGAUGUAAAAGGAUUAAAUUUAAGAAACAAACACACACAACUUAUAAAAUUAUUUUCAAAACAAAACAAAACAAAAAAACUAUCCUUGAAUUCUCCUCUCAACUGCCUCUGCUGUUCUCAAAGUCACGGUCUGGGAAUGGCUCCCAGGGUGGGGGGUGGGGGGCAGGCAAGGCAGGUGGAAGCCAUUGCCUGCAGACAGUGGCCCACUCCUCGUCCUGUUCUUGCAGCUGCCAACCACAUGCCCCAGUGGGAGACCUCUCUAUUAGCUGCGGCCAGCAAAAUUCUUGCAAGGAUCUUAGCAAACCGUCUCUUAACAAUAUCUGAGUUGACCCUUCCUGAAUCCCAAAAUGGUUUUCGGCCUUCUAGGGGGACAGUGGACGUGAUUUUCACCGCUCGACAGCUCCAAGAAACAUGCAGAGAGCAAAACCAACCUCUGUAUAUGGCGCUUAUUGAUUUGACUAAGGCUUUCGACACUGUAAUAAUACUAAUAAUUUAUUAUUUGUUCCCCAGCCACUCUGGGUGACUUCCAACAAAGAUUAAAAAUACAUUAAAAUGUCACACAUUAAAAACUUCCCUGAACAGGGCUGCCUUCAGAUGUCUUCUAAAUGUCAGGUAGUUGUUUAUCUCUUUGACAUCUGGUGGGAGGGCGUUCCACAUGGAGGGCGCCACCACCGAGAAGGCCCUCUGCCUGGUUCCCUGUAACUUGGCUUCUCGCAGUAAGGGAACCGCCAGAAGGCCCUCGGAGCUGGACCUCAGUGUCCGGGCUGAAUGAUGGGGGUGGAGACGCUCCUUCAGGUCUACUGGGCCUUUGAGGCCAUUUAGGGCUUUAAAGGUCAGCACCAACACUUUGAAUUAUGCUCGGAAACGUACUGGGAGCCAAUAUAGGUCUUUCAAGACUGGUGUUAUGUGGUCUCAGCGGCCACCCCCAAUCACCAGUCUAGCUGCCGCUUUCUGGAUUAGUUGUAGUUUCUCAGUCACCUUCCAAGGUAGCCCCACAUAGAGCGCAUUGCAGUAGUCCAAGCGGGAGAUAGCUACAGCAUGCACCACUCUGGCGAGACAGUCUGCGGACAGGGAGGGUCUCAUCCUGCGUACCAGAUGGAGCUGGCAGACAGCUGCCCUGGACACAGAAUUGACCUGCGCCUCCAUGGACAGCUGUGAGUCCAAAAUGACUCCCAGGCUGCGCACCUGGUCCUUCAGGGGCACAGUUGCCCCAUUCAGGACCAGGGAGUCCUCCACACCAGCUCCCCCUGUCCCCCCAAAACAGUACUUCUGUCUUGUACUGUAGAUCGCAAUGCCCUGUGGACUGUUCUCCUGAAAAUUGACUGCCCAAAUAAAUUUGUGAACGUCAUUCGGCUCCCCUAUGAUAAUACGGCAGCAGCCAUCGCAGAUAACAAUGGCUCUCAAAGCGAACCAUUCACAGUGGGAUCAGGUGUUAAACCUCCAAGCAGGACCCCCCAGCGCAAGAGCACACUCCCCUCACUAUUAAUUCAUCGCUCCCUCCAGUUGCAGACGCAGGGCACAGCCGCCAUCACUAGCCCUCUCCUCCGCGAAUUUGCCCGGGCUCAUCCAGGGUUUGUCUUCGGCAUUUAUGCCCAAGUGCAAGGUGGCACUGGGAAGUGAGUGAGCACUGCCCACCCUUUUGCCUGCCCCUUCCUUUCCAGCUCACCCGGCCCCCCGGCUGCCCCUCACUGGCCCUCCUUCUGCUUCUCUGCCCCUUGCAGUGUUGCCAGCAGCAGCCGUGACAACCCCAUCCACAUAUGGGAUGCUUUCUACGGAGACCUGCGCGCCACCUUUCGACCCUACAAUCACCUGGUGAGCAUGUGCCCGGGGGGUGGGUGUGUGUCGCCGGCUUUGCCCGGCAGACGUGGUGUGGGCAAUAGCAACACCCUAGAGGUCCCGGGCCCUAAAGAAGUCAGAUUAGCAUCAGCCAGAGCCAGGGCCUUUUCAACACUGGCCCCCGCGGCCUGGUGGAAUGCUCUGUCUCAUGAGACCAGGGCCCUGCAGGAUCUGAUUUCUUUCCACAGGGCCUGUAAGACAGAGUUGUUCUGCCUGGCCUUUGGCUUGGAAUCAACUUGAUCUCCUUCCCCUCUUUCCUUUUUCCUUUCUCCUUCUGUGAUGGAACUCCUAUUUGGGGACUUCCCUGGCUUUUUUCUGGCCCAAGUAGGACCAGUCUGAAUAGUUGGCCUUGAUGAUGAGUUGAUGUUUUUAUCCCCAAAAAGGGUUUUGAUUGAGUUCUACUGAAAGGAGGCUGCAUUUUAAUGUUGUAUUUUAAUCUUGUUUUUUAAAAUUGUUUUUAUAUUUGGUGUUAGCCGCCCUGAGCCCGCUCUUGGCUGGGGAGGGCGGAGUAUAAAUAAAAAUUAUUAUUAUUACUAUUCUCCUGGAGUUGGUUCCCGCUGACCCUCCCAUUUUCUCGCCAGGAUGAGCUGACGGCUGCCCACUCCUUGUGCUUCACCCCGGACGGCUCGCAGCUCUUCUGCGGCUUCGACAAGAUCGUGAGGGUGUUUGACACGUCGCGGCCCGGGCGCAUGUGCGAAAACAGGCCCACCCUCGGUGAGUCGGCCUCAGAUCCAUCCGGGGAGUUUCUGGGCAAAGCAACAUCUCCCCUUCUCGGGUGCUUUGGGGCUGAGGGACCCGUUGGCGUGUCUCGAUGGGGCCAGGAGCAAAAUGGCGGAGGCAGGAAUCUGGUCGGAGUGUGGUGUCCUGGUCGAAGUGUUUGGACUAUGACCCAUGAGACCAGAGUUCAAAUCCCCCUCAACCCAUAAAGAUCAAUGGGUGAUGACUUUGGGAGCCAAUCCCUGCUUCUCUCAGCCUUGCCUACCUCACUGGGCUGUCAUUGGGAUUAAAUGAGGAGAGGGUGUACCGUGAGCACCUUUGAAGAAAGAAGCUGGGAUACUAAUAAGUCCCGGUGCCAACAGCAGCCAGUCAUAACCUUAGAAAGGUCAAGGUAAAGGGACCCCUGACCAUUAGGUCCAGUCGUGGCCGACUCUGGGGUUGUGGCGCUCAUCUCGCUUUACUGGCCGAGGGAGCCGGCGUACAGCUUCCGGGUCAUGUGGCCAGCAGGACUAAGCCGCUUCUGGCGAACCAGAGCAGCGCACGGAAAUGCCGUUUACCUUCCCGCCGGAGCGGUACCUAUUUAUCUACUUGCACUUUGACGUGCUUUUGAACUGCUAAGUUGGCAGGAGCAGGGACCGAGCAACGGGAGCUCACUCCGUUGUGGGGAUUUGAACCACCGACCUUCUGAUCGGCAAGUCCUAGGCUCUGUGGUUGAACCCACAGCGCCACCCGCGUCCCCCGUAACCUUAGAAACCUUGGCUAAAAUCAGAUGUGUGUCUUUUUAAAUGAGGUAAUUGGCUGUUGCGCUGCUCUGGGAAGCCUAAGAGAUGUGUGUCGGUGUCGUUAUAAGAAAAAAACUGCUCCAUUUCCCUUAUGGGGUACUUUGGAGCCCAUACAGAGCCCUUAAGUGGGUUCCCUAUCGGCUGGAGAAAAUAACAGACGCCAACCAGAGUAUAUUGAGAAGCAAAGCAGCUAGUAAGCCUGAUCUUUAUUGAUCUGUUGUAACAGGGUCCCCCACUCACCACAUGCAGGAGGGAGGAGAGAACCCAGAACAAGCCUUUAUAUAGACUUUUGAAAUUGCCCACCCUGUAGCCCAAGACCACCCCCCAAAGCAUUAUACAUACAUAACAGAAGGAGGCGGUCUACAGCGGAAAUCCUGUCUGCCAGGAUACCUGAUAAUGGUCCCUGAUUGCAGUGUUGAUGCGCCUCCUCUGGAAAGUUGUCCCAUAACCUUGGGGGCAGUUGCAGAAAAGGCCCUGCUGCGUCCUGCAUCUGUCCCUGCUCUCCUGAGCAUAAAAGCAGCCUGUUCACCUAGUCCCGGCAUCCUGUUCUCGCAGUGCGACCAGCCUGUGGGAAACCCAAUGAGCAGGAUCCGAGCGCAAGAGCCCCUUCCCGCCCCAGCAACCAGGAUCCAGAAGCAUCUCUGCCUUCGACCAUGAAGCCUAGCAGCCCUCGAUAGUCCUCUUUGAAUUUGUCCAGUCCUCUUUUGAAACCAUCCAAGCCGGUGGCCACCGCUGUCUCCUGUGGGAGGGAGUUCCGCAGGUUAACGCUGCACAAAGAAGCCCUUUCUCUCCUCUAACCUCUCCCCUCUCCGGUCCCCCAGUGAAGAAGCAGGGCCAGAGCGGGAUUAUUUCCUGCAUUGCCUUCAGCCCGACGCAGCCCAUCUACGCCUGCACCUCGUACUCCAAGACGGUGGGCCUCUACUCCCAGGCGGAGGGCGACCCCCUCACCAUGCUACAUGGGCACCAGGGGGGCGUCACCCACGCCCUCUUCUCCCCGGACGGCUUCCACCUCUUCACCGGGGGGCGCAAGGUGAGAGCUUACCUGUGGGGGGGGGAAGCUGAGGGCUGGGCACAGGCGAGAGGGGCAUUGUGGGCCGGGCCCUUAAGAACCCAUUGAGUCCAGCAUCCUGUUCUCACAGUGACUAAUGGUAAUAAUAAUAAAUAAUAAUAAUCAUAAUAAUCAUAAUUUAUUACUUGUAACCCUGUCCAUCUGGCCGGGCCUCCCCAGCCACUCUGAGCUGCUCCCAACAGGAUAUUAAAAACACAAUACAGUGGUACCUCGGGUUAAGAACGUAGGUAAUUCGUUCUGGAGGUCUGUUCUUAACCUGCGGUACCACUUUAGCUGAUGGGGCCUCCUGCCGCCGCCGCGCGAUUUCUGUUCUCAUCCUGAAGCAAAGUUCUUAACCUGAGGUACUAUUUCUGGGUUAGCGGAGUCUGUAACCUGAAGCGUCAGUAACCCGAGGUAUCACUGUAAAACAUCAAACAUUAAAAACUUCCCUGAACAGGGCUGCCUUCAGAUCUCUUCUAAAGAUAAGAUAGCUGCUUAUUUCCUUCACAUCUGACGGGAGGGCGUUCCACAGGGCAGGCGCCACCACCAAGAAGGCCCUCUGUCUGGUUCCCUGUGACCUCACUUCUUGCAGUGCGGGAACCGCCAGAAGGCCCUUGGAGCUGGACCUCAGUGUCCGGGCAGAACGAUGGGGGUGGAGACGCUCCUUCAGGUCUACUGGGCCUUUGAGGCCGUUUAGGGCUUUCAAGGUCAGCACCAACACUUUGAAUUGUGCUCGGAAACGUACUGGGAGCCAGUGUAGGUCUUUCAAGACCGUUGUUAUGUGGUCUCGGCGACCGCUCCCAGUCACCAGUCUAGCUGCUGCAAUUUUAUUUAUACCCCGCCCUCCCCGGCCAGAGCCGGGCUCAGGGCGGCUAACACCAGUAAUAUUACAAUAAAAACAUAAUAGGAAAAAAAAACACAAUUUAAAAUACAGGUUAAAAUGCAAUUUAAAAUGCAGCCUCAUUUUAAAAGUAGCCCAUAAAUCAGUCCUCUACUCUAUGAAUUUGCCUAAUCCUCUUAAAGCCAUCCGGGUUGGCUGUCCUGUGGGAGUGAGUUCCACAGUUUUAAUACCCACGCAAAAUGCUUCAUUCGCCCAGCCUUCAGUUAUUUCUGGCAAGUGUGGACUUUAUCCUCUCUUUCCUGGGAAUACGUGGGGGAACAGGAGUGAGACUUCAGGUUCUCCCAUCUCCCUCGAAGUCUGGGGCAGCAUUCCCCAACCCGGUGCUCCCAAGCUGUUUUUGUCUAUCGAUCCCAUCAGCCCCAACCAGCACAGACCAAAACCAGCUGGAGGGGGCGCCACCUUGGGGAAGGCCGGCCUGGGGGAAGCGGCCUGUGAUGGGGGCUUGCUGUUGCCUUUAUUUUCCAGGACACUGAGAUCCUCUGCUGGGACCUUCGACAGCCAGGCGAGGUCCUGUUUUCUGUGUCCCGGACAGUUGCCACCAACCAGAGGCUCUAUUUCGACUUAGAUCCGUGAGUCCACCCUUCUCCCCCUACAAGAUGAUAUCCUUUUCUUUGUUUAUUUAUUUUUGUUUAAAUAAUACAGGAAAACAACAACAACAACAACAACGAAAGAAAGGGCCUGUAAGACAGAGCUAUUCUGCCUGACUUUCAAAUUGAACUUAGCCUGAUCUUUUAUUCCCCUUCCUUCCCUCCCCCUCCCCUUUUUUUGAAGAUCACCCGCUCUGGGAUCCCACAGCUAAUUCUCCCCUGGUCUCCUCGCUGGCCCAAAUAGGACUAAUUUAGCCAGCCAGCCCUGGUGAUCAUCUAAUGUUUAUUGGAUGGAUUUCCCCCCUAAAUUGAUUUUUGAAUUCUGAAUUUAUUGUUAUUCACGUUUUAUACUGUAUUUUAUGCUGUUUCUGUUGUUGCAUCGCUUAGGUAUUUUAAAUUUGUUGUUAGCCGCCCUGAGCCCAGUUUUCUGAACCGGGAAGGGUGGGAUAUAAAUAAAAAAAUCUAUUAAUAUUAUUUACUAUUUUUCCUCCGCAGGAGUGGGAGAUUUCUCCUGAGCGGCGACACAGAAGGACUGGUCAGCGUCUGGGACACGGCUCGGGCCCCCAGCAGCAGCAACAACCCGGCUCACCCCCUUCUGGAGCCCACCUUGCAGUUCCAGGCUCUGAGUGACUGCGUCAACGGGAUCAGGUACUUAUUGGGGGGGGGGUGUUGAGGCCCUGCCCUUAAUUCAGAGGUGGAAACGGGGUUUUAGGACCCCUGAGGGUUGGGAUUAUUGCAGAUAUUUGAAGAUGGCCCUCAUCUCUCCUCUCGGUUUCUUCUUCCCCAGGCUAAUAAUAAUAAUAAUAAUAAUAAUAAUUUAUUUAUACCCCGCCCAUCUGGCUGAGUUUCCCCUUCCACUCUGGGCGGCUCCCAAUCAAGUGUUAAAAACAGUACAGCGUUACACAUUAAAAACUUCCCUGAACAGGGCUGCCUUCAGAUGUCUUCUGAAUGUCAGGUAGUUGUUUAUCUCUUUGACAUCUGGUGGGAGGGCGUUCCACAGGGCGGGCGCCACUACCCGAGAAGGCCCUCUGUCUGGUUCCCUGUAGCCUCACUUCUCGCAAUGAGGGGACCGCCAGAAGGCCCUCGGAGCUGGACCUCAGUGUCAGGGCUGAACGAUGGGGGUGGAGACGCUCCUUCAGGUAUACAGGACCGAGGCCGUUUAGGGCUUUAAAGGUCAGCACCAACACUUUAAAUCGUGCUUGGAAACGUACUGGGAGCCAAUGCAGAUCUCUCAGAACCGGUGUUAUGUGGUCUUGGCGGCCACUCCCAGUCACCAGUCUAGCUGCCGCAUUCUGGAUUAAUUGCAGUUUCCGGGUCACCUUCAAAGGUAGCCCCACGUAGAGCGCGUUGCAGUAGUCCAAGCGGGAGAUAACUAGAGCAUGCGCCACUCUGGUGAGACAGUCCGCAGGCAGGUAGGGUCUCAGCCUGCGUACCAGGUGAAGCUGGUAGAUAGCUGCCCUGGAUACAGAAUUGACCUGUGCCUCCAUGGACAGCGGUGAGUCCAAAAUGACUCCCAGGCUGCGCACCUGGUCCUUCAGGGGCACAGUUACCCCAUUCAGGACCAGGGAAUCCCCCACACCCACCUGCUCCCUGUCCCCCAAAAACAGUACUUCAUGCCCAAAUCUGUCAGCCAUUCCUCCUGAGGCCUGUUGAUGGACUGGCACUGAGGGUGGGUGGGUGGGUGGCACUCCCCUCACCCUUACUUGCCCACCCGAUGUCAGGGACUGGACUGAAGAGGAAUGGUGGGGACCGCCCCCCCUUGCACUUCCUGAGAAGAGGGAGACAGUAUAGAUUUAGAACAGUGAUUUGCAGAAACUCCAGCGGGUGCAGAAUGCCGCGGCGAGGCUCCUUACGGGGUCCUUGCCGCGGGAUCACAUUCACCCAGUGCUUUUCCAGCUGCACUGGCUCCUGGUGGAGUACAGGGUCAGAUUUAAGGUGCUGGUUUUGACCUUUAAAGCCCUAUGCGGCCUAGGACCCAUGUACCUACGGGACCGCUUCUCCUGGUACGCCCCGCGGAGGACCUUAUGGUCUUCAAACAAAAUUAUCUUGGAGGUCCCAGGUCACAAGGUGGUUAGAUUGGUCUCAGCCAGGGCCAGGGACUUUUCAGUACUGGCCCCGACUUAGUGGAACGCUCUGUCCCAAGAGACUAGGGCCCUGAGGGACUUGACAUCUUUCCGCAGGGCCUGCAAGACAGAGCUGUUCCGCCUGGCCUUUGGUUUGGACUCGGUCUGACCCUUAUGUUUCCCUCCCCUUACGGUUUCAAUCUUUGGGCUACUUUUAAAAUGAGGCUGCAUUUUAAGUUGUAUUUUUAACCUGUAUUUUAAAUUGUCCCCCCCCCCCCCGCUAUUAUGUUUUUAUUGUAAUUUUACCAGUGUUAGCCGCCCUGAGCCCGGCUCUGGCCAGGGAGGGCGGGGUAUAAAUAAAAAUUUAUUAUUAUUAUUAUUAUUAUUAUUAUUAUUCAGAGGCUGCAGAGGGGAGAAGCUGGGAAAUAUUGGGAGGGGAGCAGGAGGAAGAAGGAGAAGAAUCACCAGGGGAGAGACAGCUGACAGACGGCGUCUUUAGAAAGCAUUCCAGAUCCCUCACUUCUCCCACAACCAGGCGGGCAUUGAGAGUAGGAAAACAGAACCUUUAUGCACAUGUGGUAGGACUGCGUGAAGAUAAGAGAAUUUUGGCAUAUAAUAUACAAUGAACUCAAAAAGAUCAUAAUAAUAAUAAUAAUAAUAAUAAUAAUAAUUAUAAUUAUAAUUAUUUAUUAUUUGUAACCCACCCAUCUGGCUGGGUUUCCCCAGCCACUCUGGGCGGCUUCCAACAAAGAUUAAAAAUACAUUAAAAUGUCACACAUUAGAAAGUUCCCUGAACAGGGCUGCCUUCAGAUGUCUUCUGAAUGUCAGGUAGUUGUUUAUCUCUUUGAGAUCUGGUGGGAGGUCGUUCUACAGGGCGGGUGCCACCACCGAGAAGGCCCUCUGCCUGCUUCCCUGUAGCUUAGCUUCUCGCAGUGAGGGAAUAAAAUACCAUGGUGAGAACUUCUUGUUUUCCCAGCCGCGAGGGAGGGGGACCUGGUUCCCUGAAGCCUGACCCCCCCUGACUUUUUGCCUCCUUCUCUUAGCCUCCACCCCAGCCUGCCCCUUCUGGCCACGGCUUCUGGCCAGCGCAAAUUCCCCGACCUGUGGGACAGCGAGGACGACGACCAGGAGAAAGGGAGAAGGCCGGCCGCUCGCCACCAAGACCACGGUGACAACUCUCUCCAGCUGUGGUGGUGCUCCCCGGGCACCGGGGCGGAGGAGAAGCCCCAGGCCCCCCCGUAGCCUCGGCCCCCUUCCUCGUGCCUGCCGGGGUUUGCGAGGCGGCCCAACGCCAACGCUUGAUACUGCCACAGGGCUGCGAGGGUACGGGACCUCUGGCGUGCCACAGGUGCCCUCGGUCCAUGAACGUCGCCGUGUUUAUAUGUUUCUACGUGUGGCGCUUUUGUACCAAAGAGAGAAUGUGUGUCGUGCGAGGGGAUGUUUGAAAACUGUGUGUUUUUUGACAGGACGGAGCUAGGUGUUGCCGUAGGGACUGGAUUUUCUGCAUGCUCUGAAGGAGAGAUGUUGGGUCACGGCAGAAUUGUCACUGUGCCUCUGUGGGUUGGAGGCACGAGGGUAAGGAAUCUCUCCUGUCCCAAAAAAACCAGUAUUUUCCUUCUCUCGCCCGGCUAGCGGAAGCACUAGCUCCACGCAGGGGAAAGAUUUUGGGGCGCCUGUGUGUCGAUCUGAGUCUUGUGCUUGGGAACUGUAUGUAUGUAUGUAUGUAUGUAUGUAUGUAUGUAUGUGUGUGUGUUUGCUGUUUUUUAUAUAAGGGGAGAAGAAUUGGAUUUUUUGGAUUUUUCCAUUGCCCCCCACUUUUCUGUGCUCUGUAAAUAGUUUUCCACCCCUUGCCCAACGGGUGGGCCGUGGUGCUGACUCGCUUGGGGGAGGGCAGGGUUGUUGUGGUGGGUUUUGUGAAUGUUCGUCACCAGUUGCUGUUUCCUGGCAAAAGAAUACGUCCUCUCAUUGGCAAGUAAGUGAUGCAGGUGAUUAAUAAAAGUUUAUGAUGAUUGUA